GGGCUUUGAGGAUGGCUGCUGUGAGUAGAACAGAGCCUCUCUGUCAGCCUUGUCAAUAUCAUGCUAAUUUUAAAGUUGAAAUAAAUCUCAAGAAGCCUCUUCAGCCUGUGCAUCUAAGCAGUGAGCAAGUAGCCUUGGAGGUCUUUUCACUUUGUUGUCAGCUAGAUCUGCUUAUUCGAGCUCAGGUACACCAGUUUCAAGAGCAGCUUCAGCAUGAUAUUAGUCCAAUUGAAUCUGACUCUUUCCACAAGCAAGGUGCAGAAAUUAUUAACAGAAUGAACCAAUGUUUGGAGCACUUACCAGAACCUAUACCUCAGAUAGAGGAUUAUUUGGAUUCAGUAGGACUUUCUACUAUGUUUCCACGAGUUGAAAUUUUCAUCAUACAUGGGAGACCUGUUGAUAUGCUAGAACGGCCUCCAAUGGAUGAUUAUUUCCCUUAUAUAACAAAACUGAACCAGCUACUUGUAUUAAGUCAACAGUUAGAGGAUGACGUACAACAUCUGGGAAGCCACAAAUAUAUUGCCCAUCAGCUUUCAGUACUGUAUCAAGUUCUUGGGUCUUUCAAAAGUGUGAAGACAUUUCUACUUUUAAAAAAAGACAUUGAGGCAAAUUUUAAAUCACUGAAAAUAUCGCUAACUACAGAUCAAGGAUCUAAACAAGAACCACAACUUCCUGCAUCUUACAUAAGCUGGAUCUUGGAGCUGACCCACAACAUCAUAUCAACUGUAUCUUCACUGCCAGAUGAACUGACAGAUGAUCUCAAGCCAGCAAUGUCUUUUGCAGCUACUCUGUCUUGAACUUGACAAAACAAAAAAUUGCAGAGUAGCUGUUUGUGUUACUCUUUCUUCUUACAGAAAAUGGUCCAACAUUUUAUACCAAGUGGUUUUGAAAAACUAUCUUUAAACUGUACUGUAUAUGAUUAAUUAUUGAUAAUAAUUUAUCAAUUAUUAUAAUUUAUAAAGAGGGCAAUGCAGAUUACAGCCCUCCAUGUAACAUUUUGUUUAAAAGUCAUGAUCACUGAAUAGUCUCCAGGAUAGAAAACUCAGAAGAUGAACCACGUCAAUAGCUGCAGGCAGCUUUUGAAAGGUAAUGGGAACUUAAAGAUUUGAAAAGCUUUGGAAAUGGGUGGGCUUGAUGCAAAAUUUCAGCAGUUGUCAUCAGAAAGUUUGGAGGAGCUUUUGAAGUAGCCAUUUUAAAGACUAUAAGACUGUAGCUUUUAACAAUAUGUGAACACAAUCUACCAACUUUAUCUGUUGUGUUUUGUACUAGUUUUGAAAUUACUUACAUCUUGUAGCAAAAUAUUUCACAGUGCAGCUAAAUUUACAAUAAAUGUAAAUUCAGAUUUUUUUAGAUAGAUAGUACUUUAUUGAUCCUUGAGGGAGAAAUGUCAGGCAGCAAAAAUUAGAAUUUAGAAUUAAUGCAGCACAAAGAUGGAAGAAAUGUGGAAUUAAUUUGAAAUUAUUUUAACGUAUGUCAUUUUCUAGUGAAAAUGUAAAUGGAAUUAGUUAAGUUAAAUAAAUAAAGCACUGCUAUGUAUUGUUGCUAUUAACUGUACCUUAGAUACCUCUAACCUUGAACGAUGGUCCUUUUUGACAGCUGCUGUAGGUAAUGUCUGCUGUGGCCCGGUUUAAUGGCUGUUGCCUACCAUGCACCCAGUUGUGUUUCGAUAGGCUUCACCCCCCACAACCCUUCACUGGAUUAGGCAGGUUUGAAAAUGUUAUGUUAUGUAUAGGUGGUAGUCUCCAUGUGUCAUUUUCUUGAAACUAUUAGCUUUUCUUAAUUAUGUUUAUAUAUUUGCUUUUUGAAGUUUCCUUACUAAAUGUAAAUGUUCUUUAUCUGAAGAAAAUUACAACUCAUAAUAGAAGGUAAA